CUGAUUUUUCUCUUGCUUCCUUAUACUAUUGUUGACGUAAAACUAUAAUUCAUACAUAUAUAAUUGUCAUCUGUACGUGCAUGUGUGCAGGUAAAUGGCGAUUUCGAUUAUCGUAUCAAGGCUAUUGUUUUCGGCAGUUACGGCGGCAUGUCUCGCAAGUAGCAUUUGCAGUGCUCGAGAUAAGGUGCUGCUCAUGCCACCAGAAAAAAUAGAAGAAAAGUUCACAUUUUACCCGAUACUCCCAUUCGAUACGGCUCAGGCCACACUAAAAAGGUACACGAGAUUCAUUAACAAUGUGCGAGAGGAAAUUGUAAGCGGAGACACGGUCCAUGGCAUACCCAGACUCUACAAUCCCGUCAAAUUGGAAGAAUCUGAUCGGUAUCUUCAGGUGGCGCUCUUUAAUUCUGAUGAGCAGCGCAUCAGUCUGGCAAUAGAUAAAUCUGAUGUUUAUAUUGUCGGUUACCGAACUGAAUAUGAGGCUUGCUUCUUUUCGGAUACUGAUGGCGCAGACACAUCGAGCCUGUUUCCAGGCAUUACGCGUCACCAGCUUCCAUUCAAAAAUGGAUACUCGGGUAUGGAGGAAAUAGCAGGGUCCAGGAGGGAUAUUAGUUUGGGGAUGUCUGAAUUGGAUGAAUGCAUCAAGCAUUUGCACGAUCUUACGGAUAACUCCUCUUUGGCUCGGUGCAUGCUAAUUACCAUUCAAAUGGUUGCAGAGGCUGUCCGCUACAGAUAUGUAGAGAACCUCGUGGUUGAACACAUUGGCGAGACCAACGAGGGUUACCUACCAACUCCCACCAUGAUCACCUUGGAAGAAAACUGGAAAGAACUGUCCAGCAAAAUUCAAGAAUCAGUUGGCGGUGUAAUUUACCCUCCAUUGGUGUUAUCGGAUGCUUCAAACCAGGAAGUCACCAUAACCUCAAUCACUCCAACUUUAGGCCGAAAUAUUGCCGUCAUUCUUUUCGUAUGCGAUUCUUGUACCAGCAUCCCGGAGCCAACUGUGCAUAUUAUUGGCCGCAACGGUCUAUGCGCUGAUGUGCCAUUUGGAUUUUACUACGAUGGAUUACCGGUUAUCAUGAGGCCAUGUAAGUCUACCGAUAAUGCCAAUCAACUAUGGACUCUGAUGAAAGAUGCCACAAUUCGAUCCCAAGGAAAGUGCUUAACCGUAUCCGGUCUAGGAAAUUAUGCAACGAUCUAUGAUUGCAUCACCAAGUCCGAGGAUUAUGGUAACAAGUGGGAGAUAGAGGACAACGGGAAUAUCAUAAAUAAAGAGUCUAAUUUAGCUUUGAAUGCAGGCUCAGGGUACAGCUGGAGUUAUUUGAAUGUUGAACAAAAAUCAUACUCAUCAAGCCAAGGUUGGAGUUUAGGUAACAGCACAAAACCAAUAGUGACUCCUGUUAUAGGCUACAAGGGUAUGUGUAUGCAAGCAUCACGCUAUAAUGGUGUUCAAUUGAGCCGCUGCAGAGACAAAAGUGUUCAUCAACAAUGGGCCAUUUAUCCUGAUGGUACCGUGAGGCCAAGUCUGUCGACGACAAACUGCCUCGUAUCAAAAUCAUUUCCGAAUGGUAAAAUUGCGGUUCAAGAUGUGUGCGACGGAGGGAAUGCUGAACGAUGGCUAUUCAAUUAUGAUCGCAGUGUUUCUGAUGUGUCCAAUAAAUAUGUACUGGAAGUGAGAAAAGAUCAGAGGAUAGCAGUUGUGGAACGCUCUGCAGAUACACCUACCACUAGACAGAUCUUCGACAUAAAGUUUGUGUGAGCUGAUCGAACUACAAGUUCUCGUUGAGAAACGAAACACCACCUACGGAUGCAUAUAAUGAAUAAAUGAUAGUAAUUCUCACGUAAUAUUGUAAUACUAUAUUAUCGUCUUGUAAUAAAGCUCUUUAUCGUUAUCGUUUU